CUGUCGUAGGAAAGCAGCAUCUAUCAUCAGAGAUCCCCACCACCCAGGACAUGCUCUCUUCUCGCUGCUACCAUCAGGUAGAAGGUCCAGGAGCCUCGGGACUCGCACCACCAGGUUCAAGAACAGAGGCUACCCCUCAACCAUCAGGCUCAUGAACUAAAGGAGAUAGCUACACUCACCUAUUGAGAUGUUCCCACAACCAAUGAUCCCACUUUAAGGACUUUUUAUCACAUUAUCACAUGUUCUCGUUAUUUAUUGCUAUUUAUUUAUAUUUGCAUUUGCACAGUUUGUUGUCUUCUGCACUCUGGUUGAUCUUUCAUUCAUCCUGUUGUAGUUACUAUUCUGUAGAUUUGCUGAGUAUGCCCACAGGAAAAUGAAUCUCGGGGUUGUAUAUGAUGACACAUAUAUGUACUCUGGUAAUAAAAUUGAUUUUCAACUUUGAACGUCACGGGACUGGUUUGGUGUAGGGUUGACAAGUAUAAUCCUUAUCCCCAGCUGGGCUCACUCCGCGAGAUGCUUUUGUCUCUUGAGAAAUUAACUCCAAAGCCGCCGGUUCCCAAACAAUUCGCCUAGGUGUAUAAUGUUCUGUUGGGGAUUUCUUUUCUGGGCAGAACUGGGCUUCAAGCGUGAGUGCAUCUCGUUGUGUGGGGGAGAAACAGCCAGGUUGCGUGCGAUGUCACUGGCGCUCCAACCCGAAGGCAGAUUGCGUGUCGGGAGAGCGGUUUAUAGUCAAUGACGCGCUGAAGCGAUGGAAAUGCACCAACCAAGCCACGCCGCAAGCACCCAUGUGCGGGAUUAGUGGGGAAAGAACUCUCCCGUUGUGUGAAAUAAUGUCACGUCAGUGUUCGCCCCCCGUCUUGCCCCAGCAAUGGAGCGUGAGCCUACAUUUCAAGCAGCAGUCUGUUCAAGAGCUGGACCGGUUAAAUGCGGAAACUCAGCAGGCCAGGCAGCAUCUAUGUGGAAGAGUAUACAGUCCUGAUGUGGGUCUCCACCCGAAACGCCGACUGUUUACUCUCCUUCCACAGAUGCUGCCCAACCCGCUGAGUUCCUCCAGCAAAGUGUGUGUUUGCUAUGGUUUUCCAGCACCUACGGAAUCUCCUGUGUUUAGGGUUAAACACGAAGGCGUGUUCAGUCAUUUUAUAAACAACGACUCCCCCUCCCUCCAAACAGUGUCCGGGACACCUGCCUCUCGCUACCCUGGCCAACUUGAGACUUUCUUUAAAUGAAGGAACUUGCGGGUCAGUCAGCAUCUAUGGAGGGAAACAAGCAGGCGACGUUUCUUGGAGUCGUAGUGAAGUUCUGCACAGAAACAGGCCCUUCGGUCCAUCUAGUCCGUGCAGCGAAACAUUGAAAUAGCCUGCUCCCAUCGACCCGCACCCGGACCACAGACCUCUAUCCCCUCCCAUCCGAACUUCUCUUUCACGAACGCCGAAACCGAGCUCGACACGGUUUGGGGCCGACACCCUGCGUCAGGGUGAGGAACAAACUAGAUGGCCCGAAGGGUCUGUUUCUAGGCAGUCUGGUAGGCUGCAAAUACGUUAGAGGCUCUUAAGAGACGUUUGGAUCGGAACAAGGAAGAUUUGCUUCUCAGUUGGUUCGGCACAACACUGUGCUGUACCCUUCUGUGUUCUAAGUACUUUUCUAUGAUUCUAUAUAAACAGUCCAGGCCGUAGCCGCUGCCUGACCUGCCGAGUUCCUCCGGCGUUUCGUGCGCCGUGCUCUGGGUCUGCACAAUCUCUGGAGUGUAGAUUAAUUGAAGCGGCGGUCGGGUCUGCUGACUUGUUUCCGCCGGCGUUUGCCAAUGUCGUCUCGAAUGACACGCCAUGAGUCAUACGACAAGAGGUAAAGGGCCACUUCACGGGGGGGAAUCAGCAUCUUUGGCCCCCGACCCUUUGUUUUGGGAGGGUGGUGUAAUCUCCCGCCCGCCGAAAGCAGGCUGCACAGUCUCUGCGCGAAACGGGGAGGAGAGGGACGAUCUCUCCGGGGAUUUGGUCGCCAGGCAAAGCACACACUCGGAUCACAUGUGAAAUGCGAUCUGGAUUUGCGCAGCGCCGCUCGCCCGGAGUGUUUUGGGUCCAGUCGGCGUGAGGAGGCUUCGCUCUCUGUCCCACGUGGUCCCGGGUCAGACACCACGCAGAGCCCGGCUUCAAACUUCAACCCCAUUCACUUCAUCGUAUUUAAUUCCCCUUCAGGCGGAGAGGGGAGGGGAGCCGAGACGCAGCCCGGGAACAUGAAGCGAGCCGGGAUUGCAGUGGGAGUUUCGGUGCUGCUGUUGCUGUUUUGUCGAGUUGGCGAGGGACAGGCGGCAGAAUGUGCAGAAUUGGAGUCCUGUACAUCCUGCAUCACUGGUAAUGCUGAGCUGAAUUUAACAGACUGCGUGUGGGUGCAUUGUCAAUCAGAGAUGCUGUGCAUUGCAAAGGACGCGGACAAUCUGACAGACUGCACUAUCUACAAUGAGUCUUCCACGUGUGACGUUCUACAGCUAACCUCUGUUCCAACCACCACCAUCACUAGCACCACGACCGUCUCCAGUACUACAGCUGUCAUGCCAACAACUAAGGAUACUUCCACCAUGACUGCAGAACCUGCCCCCACCACAGAGGUCCCAACGACGGCUCCUGUAUACUCGCCCUCCAGCUUUGACCCCGCCAGUUUCAUUGGGGGAAUGGUGCUGGUCCUUGGAGCUGAGGCAGCGUUUUUCUUCGCAAUCAAGUUCUUCAAAGCGCGCGACGGGACCUACCAAACUCUGUCGAAAGACUUUGAAUUAUUAUUUGACUUAGCAAUACCAGCCUUUAGUUCCAAGAUGUGUAGUGAGGACAAGAAAGGUUGUGAUGGUACCUAAAAACCACAGACGGUUUUGAAGCCUGUUGGAUAUAAUCACAGGAUCGAAGAGAAUGGGCUUGAAGUGGCCAAAACACCAACUGCACACUGUUUCCCAACAAACAUUUAAUAACUGAAGUUCUCCUCACUAAUCUGAUAUUUGUACAGCGUCUUACUGGAUGGAAUUGCAGUUCUGUUUGCCUUUGACGGGAUGGAUGUAAUUGGUGAUGGAUGCAAGGGUAUAUAUAUUCUUUGCAUUGCCCCCCCCCCCCCCAGUAGAACUAAGAAUAUGCACCAGGAACUUUUAACAAGAAUGUACAGUAAUGAUUUGACUUAACUAUUGAGCCAACCCUUACACAAUGGAGUGUUUUUUUAUAUAUGGACUGCUGCUUUGGUUCUGUUUGGUUUAAGAUCCAAGAGUUUAUCUAGUUUUAACAAAAUGUAAUUGUGAAACUAAAUUUAUUCUGUUGCUGUAAAAUUUUGUCUAUCAAAACUUUGCACAAUGUCUCCUCCACUGGAGAAGAAAAGGCUGUGAGAUUUGUGUUCCAGUGUCAUCGAGAUUCAGGCGCGUAUUUGGCCAUUUGGAAGACCAGUUGGAGUGGUGUUCAACACAGCGGCGAGCUCCCCCAAGCACAUCAUACCCAUGCUGGACCCCCUGCUCAGCUUGGCUGUGGUUUCAUGAACCAUCUGUUUGUUGGUUAAAUUACUGAAGGUGUUGUUGACAUUCCAAAGAAUUUUUUUUUCAUCAUUUUUAAGACCAUGAUAACGCCACCUUUCGACCAUGUCUGAUUUAUUUUCCUUCUCAGCCCCAUUCACCUGCCUUCUCCUCAACAUUUUACCCCCUGGCUAAUCAAGGACCUGUCAACCUCUGCUUUAAGUAUAGUCAAUGACUUGGCCCCAUUUCGUCAUGGUUGAUCCAUUUCCCGCUCAGCCCCAAUCUCCUGCCUUCUCCCCGUAUCCCUUCAUACCCUGACUAAUCAAGAGUCUGUCGACCUCUACCUUAAAUAUACCCAAAGACUUGGCCUCCACAGCUGCCUGUGACAAUGAAUUCCACAGGUUCACCACUCUCUGGUUACAAAAAUUCCACCUCAUCUCCAUUCUAAAUGGACAUCCCGCUAUUCUGAGGCUGUGCCCAAUGGGUCCUAGACUCUCCCACUAUUGGAAAUAUCCACUCCAUAUAGGCCUUUGUAAGUGCGUAUUUGUCACCACCUACUUGAGAUUCAUUUUCUUAAGGGCAUUUACAGGAAAAUAAGGAAAUACAGUAGAAUUUGUGGAAGAAAAACCUAUCAUAAACAAGUACUGACAAACAAGCAACGUGCAAAAGACGACAACACGACUCCCUUGGUUGCCAGGAGUAACUGUAGUUACUGAAGACAGAUAUUCUCACACUAAAUGGAACCCUGUAGUCUCUCGGUAGGUGGGGUUAAACAAUUUAGUUCCUUAUAGUGGUAUUCCAUUCUGAACUCUUCUGUUCUUGUGGGAAAAGUUGAACUCCCAGUUUAAUCUGGACAUGUAAAUCCGUUGUCCAUUUUGAAUCUAUGCCUGCCAUUCUUUAGUUCCCUUUGCAGAUAGCAGGAAUGUGCUGCCAGCGAUCCAGGGUCUAUCAGGUAACGUCAGGAGUGAAGGCUCCGUGCACCACUCACCCACAUCAGUCCUCCCAGAACAAGGAUACAAAGGUACCUCAUUUAAUUACCGACAGUGCCCCCCAUAGACCCGAGGAUUGAUGAUGCAAAACUUUGGUAGCGUAAGGUUUGUGGCGCAGUAACAUGGUGAGACGUGUGGCAGGAUAGCACAGUAUCCACUGGCAGCUCACUCCACACUCCGACCGAAAAAGUUCCUGACUUCUAACUACGAGACAUUAAACUAAUGGGACUCUGAAAUUCCAGUCCACUCUGAGUGUGAUACACAUGUGCCUCACUUGAAGUAGACAUGAAGUCAGACCUGCUUUUCGCACUCCCGAGUCUGUACGUCCUUCCCAUGAGCCUGUGGGUUUCCUCCGGAUGCUCUGGUUUCCUCCCACAGGAGAAGGCGGAGCAGUUGGUAGGUUAAUUGGACAUUAUAAAUUGUCCGAGGGUUAAACCGGUUUGUUUCUGAGCACUGAGCCUCCUUGGGCUGAAAGGCCCUGUUCUGUACUGUACAUCUAAAUAGAAAAAUUAAUAAUUUUUCAAGUCCCAUUACAAACCACUUAUUACCACAAUAUUAUCCUCCCAUACAGCAUUUAUUAACUCCUGAUAUUUAUCACACACACCUUUCACCUACUGGCACCUCAGACACCUCACCCUGUGGGUGAGUACAGAAUCCUGUGCUGUCCAAUGCAAGCAAAUCUGGUCGCUUUGUAUGGGACUGGAUUUCACUGUUUGCAUCUCUUCCCCCACUCCUGAAUGAAUGGGCAAACUCUCAGAGUCCAAAGUAAGCUUAUUAUCAAAGUACACAUAUGUCACCACGUACAACCCUGAGAUCCAUUUUCCUGCGGGCAUCCUCGGCAAAUCUAUAGAAUAGUAACUAUAACAGGAUCAGUGAAAGAUCAGCCAGAGUGCAGAAGACAAUAAACUCUGCAAAGGCAAAUAUAAAUAAAUAGCAAUAAAUAACGAGAACAGGAGAUAAUGAGAUAAACAGUUCCUGAAAGUGAGAUCAUUGGCUGUGGGAACAUCUCAAUGAGUGGGCAAGUAAGUAUAACUAUCCCCUUUUAUUCAGGAGCCUGAUGGUUGAGGGGUAGUAACUCAAAGUUGCUGUUUGAUUUAUCUGAAGGAACACCAGGCUGAAUAUAAUCCUUGCAUAUAGGCCUUCCUCCUCUUCUCUGUUCUAAAUGAAUGUCCCUCUAUUCUUACACUCUCCCAAUAUCAGAAACAUCCUCUCCGCAUCCACUCUAUAAAGGCCUUAAAACAUUCAAAGGCAACACGAGUGAAUCUGCAGAUGCUGGAAAUAAAUAAAAACACAAAAUGCUGGCAGAACUCAGCAGGCCAGACAGCAUCUAUGGGAGGAGGUAGUGAUGACGUUUCGGGCCGAAACCCUUCAUCGGGAGUGAAGUAAUAUGGGAUGGUCGAGGGGGGGAUAAGAAGUUGGGGGAGGGAUAAAGUAGAGAGCUGGGAAGUAAUCGGCUAGGGGGAAGGUGGAGAAUUAUGGGAAAUAAAAGAGAAAGAAAGGUAGGGCUGGGGGGAGAUUAUAGUGAGGGAGAGAAAGAGAACCAGACAAAUUAUAAAUAGGGAUGGGGUAAGUGGGGGUCAGGGGUAUCAACGGAGGUCUGUGAAAUUGGAUUUCAUGCCGGCAGUAGGAGGCUACCUAGGCGGAAGAUAAGGGAUUGCUGCAUCAGCAUUUGAUAGGUUUCCAUGAUUUCACCCCUCAUUCUUCUGAAUUCCAGUGAGUGGAAGCCCAGAGCCAUCAAAUCCUCCUCAUAUGACAAGCCUUUCAAUCCCAGAAUCAUUUUCGUGAGCCUCCUUUGAAGCCCCUCCAAUGUCAGGACAUCCUUUCUUAGAUAAAAUCCCCAAAAAUGGUGCGUGAUAGGGGAAUUUCAUGGUGAUUUUCAUGAUCAAUAGCCCAAAAUUCACAAGAUACACCCAAAGGCAUUUAGGAAGCAAAAUCUUUGUUGUCCAGUAUAAUUCUGCAGGCAACUGUAUCUGGAUUUCAACCAAGAGGGAAAGUCUAUACUGAUCUACUUAAGCUCGUGCAGAGUAAAGCAAGGCGACUUUGGGAAUAUUUUAUUUGUAUAAAUUGGUUUAUUAUUGUCACAUAUACCAUGGUACAGUGUAAAACUUUAUUUUGCAUGCCAUCUAUACAAACCUUUUGUACCUUAAGGUAGUACAAGGCAAAAAAAAACAGUGCAGAUUAGCACUAGAGCUACAGAGGAAGUGCAGAGCAGGUAGACAAUAAAGUGCUGGAUCAUAACGAGGUAGAUUGGGAAGUCAAGAAUCCGAAUGAUCCAACUGGGGAACUUAUAGCCCUGGAGGAGAAGCUGUCCUUGAGCCCAGUGGGAUGUGCUUUCAGGCUUCUGUAUCUUCUGCCCGAUGGGAGGAAAGCAGAAGAGAGAAUGGUGUCUCUGUGAUGUUUGGGCAAAGGUCUAGUGACAAAUGUGCCCUAAAAACACCAAUUAGGCAUUAAUCUCAAAGUAUGCAUACAUUAUGCAACCUUGCGUUUCAUCUCUUUACAAGAAACCCAACAGAGCCCAUUAAAAAAAGACCAACGAACACCCAAUGCACAGAGAGAGAGAGAGAAAAUAUCUAAUGAGCUUGCUACCUUGAACUUCCCCUAGAACAGGGGUUCAAAACCUUUUUUAUGCCAUGAACCAGUACCAUUAUGCAAGGGGGUCAGUGAACCCCUGGUCUAGAUUCUAGAUGUAGUGUUUGGUGCAUCCAAACAAGAGUUGGCAUGAGAUGGUGAGAAGGGAGAAAUGGAACUUCUUCAGGUUUAUUCACAAAUGGAACCUGGAUUACACCAGGAAUGCUGCCCACGUAUCAAACCCUCUUGCCACACCAAAGCAUCCCAAUUCCUGGAUAGGAAUGUCUAAUGCCAGAGGGCAUGCUUUGGAUGUGGGAGGGUAGGUUGAAAGGGGAUGAGGGGGUAAGUUCUUUUACUCCGGAUUUCUGGAAUGUGCUACCCAGUAUGGGGUAGAGGCAAAUACAUUAGAGGCUUUUAGAUGUUUGGAAUGGCACAUGGAUGGGAGGAAGAUGGAGGGAUGUGGACAUUGUGUAGGUAGGAGGGAUUAGCGAUUGGGUGUUACUGAUUUGUCUUUUAGCUGGUUAGGCACAACAUUGUGGGCUGAAUGGUCUGUUCCUGUGCUGUACUGGUCUAUGUUCUACCUUAAUUCUAGUUACUCAUCAUUGAGCAAGCAAAUUGAUGUAGUGCAGAGAGAAGGAUGAACGUUGACCUGGUCUAGCACCGUUUAGUUAAUAAGCCAGCUCAUUGAAACAACUCACUAUUGUCACUGGGGCUGAAAUGGUAUCGUAAGGCCAGCAAUGGUUUGAGCUCAGCUUUCGUUGGGCCACUUUGGAGGCAGUUUGUAAACCAGGGCCCUGUGAAGUUAGCAAAUGGGGGAAAAACACACGCACACACACGCACACACAUGCGCGCGCACACACACACACACACACACACAUCAGUGCUUCAGUCUGGGGUGGUUUGGAUGGUCAGUAAUAAUCUCAGUCACCACCUGAUCCUUAUCAACACCAUAGGCUGUCAUCUUUCGGGCACUUGAGUUUCCUAAAAGAUAGAAGAGAAUCCAAAUUGUAGUGGAACCUGAUCUUAGACCACAGGAGCAGAAUUGGGCCAUUCAGCCCAUCGAUGACCUCCUUGGGUCCACCUCACAUCACCCCUUUGAGCAUGAUAUCCCAUCCUCAAUCCUGUUGUGCCAUCUUCAUCAUUCAGUUGGCUUGGCUGCUAGACCAUUGGCAUAUUUUCAGUCAUCUCCACCUUAUAUAGCACGCCACCCUCCCUAUGCAGACGGUGUAUGUCUUAACUACGUAAGAAAAUAAUUCCACACUCCCAACUGCCACGAGGCAUUCAAUUAUUUAAUUUUCCUUUGCUACCCAGUACCAGAUGGAAUAAUAAUUGAACAGCUCCUUCCUGUUAAGGGGUUAAGAUGUUGUUAACCGAUAUCUAGGCUAUGUACAUCAACAGCACCAACUUCCUAACUGCCUUGUAACUGGCUUUGUUGCACAGAUAGUGUGUUUAAGGUGCCUUGUGUUAAGUAAAUUGUAAUAUUUUCUAUUCUGACUGUGAGUGGAUUUGUCGAGUGCAAUUUCCCCCCUUUUUCUUUGCUCUUUGGCAAUCAGCCGCAGGCACAGAAGAGCCUGUUCCAUUAUUUGCUUUUGAUCUUCUCGUCGAAAGCUUUGAUGACGUGGUUUCUUUUUUUCCCUGACUUCUAAAAAGACUUUGCCAUAAUUUGUCACCGGUGAGGGAGAGUUAUUUAUUUUACAUGGAUGAAUGGAUUGGCCCUUUUCAAAUGUUUCUGUCUUUAAUGGUUUUUAUAUAAAUAAUUUUAGGAAACCGCUUGGAUUUGUGAUUGCACUAUUUUGAUGACUUGUUGUGUUAUCCAGUACUUGUAUUCUGGUAUGUCAAUAACAUGCCAAUUAUUGCUGUGAUUUUAGUGCAAAAGGAUGAUUAAAAUAUUUGUUGAAAUAAC